GCCUUUGUUAGCUAUCAAAACAGAGAGAUAGGGACAGAGAAGCAACUCUUUCUUCUCUGUUUUCCAUUACCUACAUUUUCUGGUCUUCAUUAACUAGUCUCUCACUUCCCAGCUCCUUAGCAAGCCAUGGCCAUAGUGCUCAGAUCUCUGCUCAGGCUCUUCCUCUCCAUCCUCAUUCUCUCCUACAUUACAGAGGUUUCUUCAACAACCAUAACACUAUACAACAAGUGUACCCACCCAGUAUGGCCAGGGAUUCAACCAAGCGCAGGGAAGCCUGUCUUAGCUCGCGGUGGCUUCAAGCUCUUGCCCAACAAGGCCUACUCCCUCAACCUCCCACCUCUCUGGUCCGGCCGCUUCUGGGGUCGUCACGGCUGCAUAUUCGACGCCUCUGGCCGUGGUCACUGUGCUACAGGAGAUUGUGGUGGUGCCCUUUACUGCAACGGUCUCGGAGGCGCUCCUCCAGCUACAUUAGCAGAAAUAACCCUGGGAAAUGACCAAGAUUUCUACGAUGUGAGCCUCGUAGAUGGCUACAAUCUUGCAAUUUCCAUAACCCCAUUUCGAGGAUCAGGUAAAUGCAGCUAUGCAGGAUGUGUUAGCGACCUGAACCUGAUGUGCCCAGUUGGGUUACAGGUGAGGGCAAGGGACAACAGAAGAGUUGUAGCUUGCAAGAGUGCUUGUUUUGCUUUCAAUUCCCCGAGGUAUUGCUGCACAGGGAGCUUUGGAAAUCCUCAAUCUUGCAAGCCAACUGCAUACUCUAGGAUUUUCAAGGCAGCUUGUCCAAAAGCUUACUCUUAUGCCUAUGAUGAUCCAACAAGCAUAGCAACCUGCACUCGUGGGAGCUAUUUGGUGACUUUCUGCCCUCACCAUCGCUGAUUAAGCAUGAUUAAGAGUUAAUUAGAUUUUGAUUUAAGAGUUAAUGGUGUGGUUUUUAAUUAAUUAGCUGUGUUUUCCCCUGCAGUUCAGUGCACUGUUGUUGUUAUAGAGAUUAGUGUGAGAUUAUACAUAUGGUAGCUUGAUUAAUACAAUAUGGUAUGAUAUGAUGAU